AUGCCUCCUAAGAGGGCUGCUCCGGUCAAGGCUGCUGCUAAGAAGGCUGCUCCUAAGAAGGCCGCUACUACCAAGGCACCAGCUACUACAGCCAAGGUAUCGGCGAAGGCUGCGGCUGCCAAACCCUCUACCAAAACCGAGAAGCCUGCUGCUACCGGCCGAGGUCGCACCAAGAAGAUGUCCACUGAGGACACGGUGAAGAAUGAGCCCGCUGAAAAUUCGCGUAAGACGAAGACUCCGGCGCCUUCCGCGUCGAAGAAGCGCAAGGUCGACGAUUCCGACAAUGAGGAGAAGCCUCGCGAACAGGAGGAGAAGACUCGCCCAGUGAAGAAACCUCGCGUCACCCAACCCCGUGCGCCAAAGGCUCCCAAGCCCAAGGUCGUCAUCAAUGAGGCUCCCAAGUCUCGCCUACACGUGUAUGUCUGCGGUGAAGGAAGCUCCGGUGAGCUUGGCCUGGGCACGGCCAAGAACGUGAUUGACGUGAAGCGGCCACGCCUGAAUCAGCUCCUGGCGGCCGACAAGGUGGGCGUCGUGCAAAUUGCCGUCGGUGGCAUGCACUGCGUGGCUUUGACUCACAACAACGAGAUUUUCACCUGGGGUGUGAACGACCAAGGUGCGUUGGGACGAGACACUGCCUGGGAGGGUGGAUACAAGGAUAUCGAGGACAACAGCGACUCGGACUCGGACGAUGAAGAUAGCGGAUUGAACCCAAUCGAGUCUACCCCCACUGCAAUUCCUUCCAGCGCGUUCCCCGAAGGAACGGUCUUUGUCGAAGUUGCCGCUGCGGAUAGCGCGAGCUUUGCUCUUACGGAUGAUGGUCAGGUUUAUGGCUGGGGAACUUUCCGAAGCAACGACGGAAUUCUCGGCUUCGACACCACCCAUCGGGUUCAGAACACUCCAAUCCUUAUUUCGUCGCUGAAGAACAUCAAACACCUGUCUUGUGGCGCGAACCACGUCCUUGCUCUGAACGACAAAGGCAGCGUUUUCUCGUGGGGCUCCGGACAGCAGAAUCAGCUCGGCCGCCGCAUCAUUGAGCGUAACAAGCUUCAUGGAUUGAUCCCUCGAGAAUUCGGGCUUCCGAAGAAUAUCGUGCACGUUGGCUGUGGCUCCUACCACUCCUUCGCGGUUCACGCGUCCGGAAAAGUCUACGCAUGGGGCUUGAACAGCUUCGGCGCAACAGCCAUUCGUGAGGGUGCCGGUGACGACGAGGCUGCCAUUGUGCAACCCACAAUUGUCAAAUCACUUACCGGUCGGAGCAUCACACAGCUCUGUGGUGGCUCUCACCACUCCAUGGCACGGACUGCGGAUGACGAGUGCCUGGUAUGGGGCCGUCUGGACGGCUUCCAGAGUGGCUUGAAGAUCGAUACCCUUGAAGAUGACGUGGUCAUCAAGGACGAGCGUGGACGUCCUCGUAUUCUCAUCGAACCCACCCUGGUUCCGGGGAUCAAGGCUAAGGUCGUUUCGGCUGCUUCCGAUCACUCCCUCGCCAUUGAUGCCGAUGGCCGUGCUUGGUCGUGGGGCUUCUCUGCUACAUAUCAGACUGGACAGGGCACUCAGGAUGAUAUCGAAGUUGCCACCGUCAUCGAUAACACUGCCGUCCGUGGAAAGCAGUUGAAUUGGGCCGGCGCCGGCGGUCAAUUUUCUGUUUUCACGUCACCUGCCAGCGAGUAA